AUGUCUUCCGGAACACUAAAGUGCUGGCAUCUUACACCUGGCACUGCCCACGCUGCCGUCGGUGUUGUUGAUCAUCGUACACCUGGCACUCCCCACGCUGCCGUCGGUGUUGUUGAUCAUCGUACACCUGGCACUGUCCACGCUGCCGUUAUUGUUGUUGAUCAUCGUACACCUGGCACUGCCCACGCUGCCGUCGGUGUUGUUGAUCAUCAUACACCUGGCACUGUCCACGCUGCCGUUAUUGUUGUUGAUCAUCGUACACCUGGCACUGCCCACGCUGCCGUCGGUGUUGUUGAUCAUCGUACACCUGGCACUCCCCACGCUGCCGUCGUUGUUGUUGAUCAUCGUACACCUGGCACUGUCCACGCUGCCGUUAUUGUUGUUGAUCAUCGUACACCUGGCACUGCCCACGCUGCCAUCGGUGUUGUUGAUCAUUGUACACCUGGCAAUGUCCAUGCUGCCGUUAUUGUUGUUGAUCAUCGUACACCUGGCACUGUCCACGCUGCCGUCGGUGUUGUUGAUCAUCGUACACCUGGCACUCCCCACGCUGCCAUCGGUGUUGUUGAUCAUCGUACACCUGGCACUCCCCACGCUGCCGUCGUUGUUGUUGGUUGUCGUACACCUGGCACUGCCCACGCUGCCGUCGGUGUUGUUGAUCAUCGUACACCUGGCACUGUCCACGCUGCCAUCAGUGUUGUUGAUCAUCGUACACCUGGCACUGUCCACGCUGCCGUCGGUGUUGGUGAUCAUUGUACACCUGGCACUGUCCCCGCUGCCGUCGGUGUUGGUGAUCAUCGUACACCUGGCACUGUCCAUGCUGCCGUCGGUGUUGGUGAUCAUCGUACACCUGGCACUGUCCACGCUGCCGUCGGUGUUGGUGAUCAUCGUACACCUGGCACUGUCCACGCUGCCGUCGGUGUUGGUGAUCAUCGUACACCUGGCACAGUCCAUGCUGCCGUCGGUGUUGGUGAUCAUCGUACACCUGGCACUCCCCACGCUGCCGUCGGUGUUGGUGAUCAUCGUACACCUGGCACUACCGCAGUACCUUGUGCGCUGUAA